AUGACCGCCUCACCAUCCUGGCGGGAUGCAACGCCCUCGCAGCUGUAUACCGCCGGCGUGAUCGGUGCCGGCGCGCUUCUCCUUCUCUGCUCGGCGGCGAGCGUGACCACGGCAUACGUUCAGGCGACUCGCACCGCAUCUUCAGCGAACAGCCAUGAUGGGCGACGUACUUCGGCUCAGUCACAAGCACAACAAAGGCGCGGUAGCACCUCGUCCAGCUCAGGCGAUGCAAGGCGGCCCAAGCACGGCAAAACAACCGACGAGAGCACCGUGCAGGUCACCUAUCCAAUCACGCUCGAGAUGUGCGACAAUGCCUUUCAUUCAGGCGCGUCGCUGGUCAAUCGCUUCGCUUCCGAGUCCGACGAUGCCUCGGAUGCGCUGCCCAAGAUCCGCGCAGGUGCGCUCUUCAAGCUCAUCGACGUCGUCGCCGGUGUGUCGGCGCGCAAGCAUGCGGAGCUGAGCUGCGUCACCGUCAGUGUCGACUCGGUGCUCCUGCUAGCGCCCAUCUACCUCGGCGAUCUUGUACACCUCUCUGCCUCCGUCAAUCGCGCUUGGGGUAGCAGUCUCGAAGUGGGUGUUCGAGUCGUCAAAGAGGAUCCGCGCUCGGGCGCUCGCGAAUACGUCAGCCACGCGUACAUGACCUUUGUCGCCAUCUCUGGUCCCCCUGCCGCUGCUUCGGCAUCUUCGACCCCGCAACCACCCCCGAGGGUACGACUCGCAUCGCGUCAAAGCAUUGCCCCGGCGUCUGCAUGGCAGAAGUUGACCUCCCUGCUCAUCGGACCACCGCCCUCAACCAAGUCGCCCAAGCCCCAACUGCAGCCCUUGCUGCCAAGAACGCCACUCGAGGCGAGGCGACACAUCUUGGCCGGCCGCAGACGAGCAAAGCGAAUCGCCAAUGCCAAAAAGGGCGAAGCCAGAGAUGGCGUCUCGACCGAAGUCAAGAAGCGGCUCAAAGACGAGGUGCGAGAAAUCUCCCGAACUGGCGGCACCUGGAGGGCGCGCGCCGAAACCGAGUCGGGCACAUGGACUCCCGGCAAACUCAGAAUCGAACGCGCAGACCUGCUCUCUGGAUCCGCUGGUAGCGACAUGACCGAUCUUCCCAGCGCCACCAAGACGUCGCAGGAGUGUCAGCUCGAGGCGCUUGAGCUCGAAUUUGUCGUUCAGGCCUACGUGUCGCGCGACCCGGCAGUGUCGGUGAAUCACCAACAAGGCAUGGUCGAAGUCAACCUUUCCGGUGACAUUCCGCUCCGCCACCCACUCAGCGUCGUCGAGAGACUCGCUCAACAGGUUACGGACGCCGACGCCUCAUCCGGCUCGACGACUGCACCCACAUCUGCAAGCCUGUUUGCAUCAAAGAUCCCAGAGUCUGGGUCCAUACCUCUGCCCUCGCCGAGCGCUCCAAAUACCGCACGCCCCAGCCUUCCCAUUUCGGCCUCCACAGGCGCAUAUUCACCGCCCAAGACGCCAUCAACACGGCGCAGGUCUAUCUUUUCGCCGCUCAAGCCUGCCCAGGAGAGGGAAGGAGACACCGACCUGGACCAGUCGAGCACCAACACGCCCAUCAAGACACACACCAACCACGAGCUCACGCGCGCACGCCUGUCCGCCAAGCUUUCCAAGCCCAUCAAGGUGGCCAAGACCGUGGUGCGGACGCUGCAUCUUGUGUUCCCCGAGCACACCAACUCGGUGGGUGUGUUGUUUGGCGGGCAGUUGAUGGACUGGAUGGAGGAGGCGGCGCUGCUCUCCGUGCGUCACGUCGGACGCGGACGUCGGUGGGGCACGGUGUCGCUCGACGGGCUCGAGUUUGAAGAGGCGGUGGCGGUGGGCGAGAGCAUGACGUUUACUGCCGUCGUGGUGCGGACCUUUGUGCAGUCAUGCGAGGUCUACGUGCUCGCUGAGGCCGAGUCGCGCAACGGCACACGCAGAAUCACCAACGACGCGCUCUUCACGCUCGCAUUCCCUCUGGACGAGUCGGACAUCUCGUCUGCCAUGCUCGCUUCCGUCCGAGACGGCAGCCGUGCGAGACUUCUGCGCCAGGUCGACAUGCCGCCCGGCUCGGCCCUGGCCACAUUCGCGGACGUAGCGGUCAGGCGCCGCGCUAGCCGACUCGAGAUGAAAGAGAUGCUGGUGCGCAUCUACUCGGACCCUAGCUGA